AUGGGACCUGAGGCGAGCCAUCGCCUGGUCCAUAUUGUGCCUUACGACAACUUCAAGGAGAAGCGGCUAACGUUUGCUUCUGAUUGGGUGGCUGAGGAGUUCACCAAACGGGCUUGGAUAGAUGAGCAGGAUCAAGUGAAGUCUCUGAUGGAAUACAGCGCCAAAGCAGUAAAGGGGAUACUUUUUGAGAAGGUUAUGCAUGGUGUACUGGCGAUGGGCGGCAAGUUUGAUGUGGUGCCAUUGCACCCGGAGACUCUGGAGCGAGGCGAGGAGGAGGAGCUGGACAUCCAGGCCUGUACAGAGUCUCUUCGCUUCACAGAUGACGAGGCCAGUGAUAUGAUGAGCAGUAUUAAGAACAUGUACUUGAGGCCCAUGUCCGGCAAUUUCCCCGUCAUUGAUGCCCUUAAGGUGCCGGAGAUGCACCUUUUCCAGAUGACUAUUUCGCGUAGCAAGGUACUCAAUGCUGAUGAACUUGAAAACGUGCUCAAGCGACUGGGCAUCCCUGCACCGGGCCAGGAGGGCUGCCAGCCCAGCCUCUACUUUGUGGUGCAUUCUGGCGUGUACAACAAGUUUAAGGCAAACACGGGUGACUCUGGGCACGGCUGCGAGGGCGGCCUCGAUACGCCUGCAUGGCUUGAGCCGCCGCUGGCCGUGCGGCUGCUGUUCCGAGAGUGGUCGCGUCGCUGCGGCAUUGCAGGGGACCCCGCCACCCCCAUAGUCCCCACAGGCCUGGCCUUGAGACUGCUCCGUGAACAUCUUGCGAUUGAAGCGAACCUUGACCAGCCGAACCGGGCCGCCUUUUUGUGCCGGUGGCUUCAACGUGAUGUAGACGCCCUGCUCAGCAGUUCGUCAGCAGUUCGCCAUGCAUGUGGUGGUUUGGGCACGAGAUCAAACAACAGUGCUUCAGUGGGAAACCCUUUCAACGCGAGUCCCACUCCGGCUGAUGACCAUGUAGCUACCUCGACAGAGCAGGCACACCCUGGGCCGGAGCGUGCCCCCUCUACACAUCACGAAGCUGGGCAACCAAGCACAAGCACCGCUUGGAUUUUCGACCACGAUGACGAUUUUCUCCUUGGAGAAUUGCAGCUGGUCAAUGUUCCAGAGUGGUUCGACCAGGAAGCUGCGGAAAUGUCUCGGCGACUACCAGGGCAGGAUGGUGCUAAGAUUGCGAGGCGCUUCAUGCCUGUUGCGUUCAAGCCCCUUACACCUGACGACGCCGUUCAAGAGCAUGUACUGCGUGCAUGUAUGCACGCAAUUUAUAUCAAGCAUAGCAGCCCUGCAUGCACCGAGUCAGUUGUGGAGGCGGCACUCGAUGCCAAAUACCAUGACUACAUGUCACCUGGGUCCAGCAAAGCUUGCCAAGCGGCCGCUCCGUAUCUUCCCAGGACAUUCAAGCAGGCCCUCACUCUAUUAAGCAAGUACUCCAGCUGCAGAUGGCCACUGUUGUCCCGCUACGACCUUUGUCCCUGUGGGUUUUUAUUUCGCUGUGAACACCGUGAUGACAGUAAAUGCCCAGGCUUGACAGCAGGUGAAGGUGCUCCUUGUGGACGUGAGCGUGGCCAGACCUCUCGUUCACUGGUAUACAACUCCAUAGUUCAGUACCUCACUCGCAUUUAUGCAAACGCGCACCAGGCGGCCGAAUUCGGUUCAUGGCUGGAGCGCAGAUCAACCAGCUCCCUCAUGAUGGACAUCGCAGAUGGUGAUUAUGUGCGUCAGAUCCUGGAGUCGGAUCAGCGAUUCAGGGAUGACCCACGCAACGUCCUCCUCAUGGUCGUCACAGAUCCAUUCAUCGUGGCAUCAGAUGAGCAUGAGCGCUCCAGCACACCCUGGUUGCUGCUAUGCGUCAAUGCGCCUGCCCAUGUCCGUCAUGAGAUUGGGUAUGCAUCGGUCCUCUGCAUCAUGGGUGGCAACAUAAAGCCGCCCACGCAAAAACAUGGGCUCCCGAUGGACCACAACCAUGUCCUCGGUCUUAUUACGGACGAGCUGGAGGUGCUGGAUUCGAUUGGGUGUGAAGUCCAUGACGCCUCCCGAGGUGGAGCACCAUUCACCUGCUAUGCCAAGAUCAUCGCCCUGUCGUCAGACUACCGUGGUCUCCAGAAGCAUGUUGGGAUCAAGGGCACCCCUGCUCUCAAUGCCUGCUUCAAGUGCUGGGUUCACGGGCAUCGUGUUGGGCACAAGACCAUAUUCACCAACCACUUCACCUGGUUGUCACCUGCAAAUAGCUUGAGGAAAGAAAUGCGCAAGCUGCACACUACUGCAUGCGGUAGAUACUGGCCUCUGGAUGCCCAGCCGCCACGCCCCCAGAGCACACUUGAGAUGCGCCUGGCACUUGAGUUCCCCACUGCCACAAGCUGUGCAGACUAUGAGGUGGAGCAGUUGGCAUGCCCCUUGUACCGUCUGCGCUACUUUGACCCCGUCCUGGGGAUCCAGUAUGACGGCAUGCAUACAAUCGGUGGGGUCAUCAAGGACACGGUCGUCAAGGGGUUACAGGGCAUGCGAUCGGGUGAGGCCAGUGAUGCUAUCCGUGAGUAUGACCAGGGCAACAAGGUUGCCACGGACGCCGGCAAGGCCAGCUCCGACCAGUUGGCAGCAUUUCGAAAUGCUCUGGCAUCCGCUGCAAAUGCCUCGCCACUGACCCAGUAUGCCUCCCGAUUGGGGCGUCUCACUGGUGCGGGCAAGGCACACAAGACGCAUACAAUGUUUCUGCUCGCGGGGCCGAUCGGGUAUUAUGCCAUCGCUGCAGCGAGGUUGCCAGCCACUUUGGAGGGGGUGUACUUGGACCUUCUCCAGGCCUGCGGUGACCUCUGGGACAAGGCCAUAACACGGUAG